AUGACACAUUUGUCGGAGGGAUCACAAAUCCUCGACAUAGACUUGCCCAUCGGAGUUGAUGGACUCUAUCAUAGUUCUCCCAAACAAACUGUUCCGAUACAGAUCUCCAGCUGGUUUCUCAUACUCCCUAUGGAAAAAAGUAUGCCGAAGACUGGCUUUUUCUUAAAUCUGGGAUUCCAGGCAAUGAUUCCAUUGGCUGUUGUAUUGGGAUUACUGCUGAAUAAUGCCAAACGCGUGGAAAUGGGCUUAGGACCCAGCCUAAGAGCUUCGUGGAUUUUUAACAAAGUGUUGAGAGGUGUUUUGGCUCAACCAUUUAUCCUGCCCAGAUACCUCUCCCUGAAAAUGAUGACCAUUUACUGGUUAAUCUUGAUAAGUGGUUUCUUCAUGAGCAACUACUACACUGCGGAUCUGGCGACAAUGCUAAUGAACUCCCCGAAGGGAAAACCAAUCCGCAGCUGGGAGCAAUUACGGAGAGCCAACUUAAAGAUACUCAUCUCCCAAUCCGAACUAAACUUUUUGAAUGAAUUGCUAACCAAGGACUAUCUAGAUAAGUUUGUUGAUUUUUUUGAAGUAGCCGACUCCGAGGAUUAUCAAAGGAAGCGCACUGCGUUGAACCAAUCCUAUGCCUAUCCAGCAACUCUUACUCUAUGGCCAGUUUUGGAGGAAUCUCAGAAACGAUUGGAGACCCCCAUAUUUCGGAAAUCCGAGGAGCUGGUCUUAGCGCCUUUUAUCAUUAUGACCAUGCCAUUGCCCAAGAACUCCAUAUUUAAGAAAUCCCUGUACCAAUUUGUAAGAAGAUCUCAGGAAUUUGGACUAUUUCAACAAUGGUACUCCAGCAGCUUCAAAGAGGCAGAACAACUGGGAAUAGUGAGAUACAAGAAGGAUAAUGAGGCUUUAUAUCGCGGAAUUGAGUUUCAUGAUUUCUACUUUGUAUGGAUAGGCUAUCUAGGAGGAAUCUUAAUCGGUUUGGUGGCAUUCAUUUUGGAGCUCAUAAUGUAUCGAAAGCGAAGAGUAUAG